CUAGAGCUACAAGCGGAUGUUCGUACUGCAGAAACUUGGCGCUGAUUUAUCCGGGUACUUCAUGCACUUCUUCCUUUCGCGCCGGUAACUGGAGAGCCGUGCGUCCAUGUGCGCAGCGACUGGGAAUUGAACGACAACUGAAAACCAGAAUCCGAGCCACAACAGACUAUUCGCUAUGGAUCCAGAGUCUUUAAUCGAGGCCCUUCGGGGGACCAUGGACCCCAAUCUGCGUGAGGCUGCCGAGAGACAGCUGAACGAGGGACACACCCAGGUCAACUUUGUGUCUACUCUAUUACGAGUCACCAUGUCAGAUCAACUGGAUCUGAAUGUGAGGCAAGCAGGUGUGAUUUACCUUAAGAACAUGAUAACCCAGCAUUGGAGUGAGGGCGACAGCUCCUCCACCGAGCCCCCGGUCAAUAACAUCCCGGAGGAGGACCGGCAGUUCAUCCGAGACAACAUUGUGGAGGCCAUCAUCCACUCCCCAGAGCGCAUCAGAGUUCAACUGACGACAUGCAUACAUCACAUGAUCAAGCAUGACUACCCAGGGAAAUGGACAACCAUCGUAGACAAGAUUGGCUUCUACCUACAGUCUGACAACAGUGCAGGGUGGCUCGGAAUCCUGCUCUGCCUCUAUCAGUUGGUCAAGAACUACGAGUACAAGAAACCAGAUGAACGUCAGCCUCUGGUGGCAGCGAUGCACAUCUUUAUGCCCAUGCUGAAGGAUCGCUUUAUCCAGCUGCUGCCUGAUCCAUCCAGCGACUCUGUUCUGGUGCAGAAGCAGAUCUUUAAGAUCAUCUACGCCCUGUUUCAGUACAACCUCCCCCUGGAGCUCAUUAACAGACAGAACCUGACGGAGUGGAUGGAGAUCCUCAAGACUGUAGUGGACAGAGAUGUGCCUCCAGAGACCAUGCAGGCAGAUGAGGAAGAGAGGCCUGAGCUACCCUGGUGGAAGUGUAAGAAGUGGGCUCUUCACAUCUUGGCCAGGCUGUUUGAGAGGUAUGGGAGCCCUGGAAACACAACCAAAGAGUAUGCAGAAUUUGCUGAACUAUUCCUUAAAGGAUAUGCAGUCGCUGCACAACAGGUGCUGUUGAAAGUGUUGUAUCAGUACAAGGAGAAGCAAUACGUGGCCCCCAGGGUACUCCAGCAAACACUUAACUAUAUUAACCAGGGCAUCGCACACGCAGUCACCUGGAAGAACCUCAAACAACACAUCCAGGGCAUCAUUCAGGAUGUGGUUUUCCCACUCAUGUGUUACACAGACAGCGAUGAGGAGCUGUGGCAGGAGGACCCAUACGAGUACAUCCGCAUGAAGUUUGAUGUGUUCGAGGACUUCAUUUCCCCCACUACGGCGGCACAAACGCUGCUCUUCACUUCCUGCAACAAGAGGAAAGAGGUUCUGCAAAAGACGAUGGGCUUCUGCUACCAGAUCCUCACCGACCCUGCCUGUGACCCCAGGAAAAAGGACGGCGCCCUUCACAUGAUUGGGUCGCUAGCUGAAAUCCUGCUGAAGAAAAAGGUUUAUAAGGAUCAGAUGGAGUUUAUGCUGCAGAAUCACGUCUUCCCUCUGUUCCGCAGUGAACUGGGCUACAUGAGAGCUAGGGCCUGCUGGGUUUUGCAUUACUUCUGCGAGGUGAAGUUCAAGAGCGACCAGAACCUGCAGACGGCUCUGGAGCUGACCCGCCUGUGUCUCAUCAAUGACAACGAGAUGCCCGUCAAGGUGGAGGCAGCCAUUGCCCUGCAGGUCCUCAUUAGCAACCAGGAGAAAGCCAAAGAGUACAUCACCCCCUUCAUUCGGCCCGUGAUGCAAGCACUGCUGCACAUCGUCCGGGAAACGGAGAAUGAUGACCUCACCAACGUUAUCCAGAAGAUGAUCUGUGAAUACAGCGAAGAGGUCACGCCCAUCGCCGUGGAGAUGACGCAGCAUUUGGCCAUGACAUUCAACCAGGUGAUCCAGACGGGCCCAGAAGAGGAAGGCGGAGACGACAAGGCGGUCACGGCCAUGGGCAUCCUCAACACCAUCGACACGUUGCUCAGUGUGGUGGAGGACCAUAAGGAGAUCACCCAGCAGUUGGAGGGUAUCUGCCUGCAGGUGAUUGGGACAGUCCUGCAACAACAUGUCCUUGAGUUCUACGAGGAGAUCCUGUCGUUGGCCCACAGCCUGACCUGCCAGCAGGUGUCGCCACAGAUGUGGCAGCUACUUCCGCUGGUGUACGAAGUCUUUCAGCAAGAUGGAUUCGACUACUUUACAGAUAUGAUGCCUCUGCUCCACAAUUACGUCACCGUGGACACGGACACCCUGCUAUCCGAUACCAAAUACCUUGAAAUCAUCUACGCUAUGUGCAAGAAGAUCCUGACGGGAGACCCCGGGGAAGACCCCGAGUGUCACGCCGCCAAGCUGCUGGAGGUCAUCAUCCUGCAGUGCAAAGGUCGAGGAAUUGAUCAGGUCGUGCCCUUGUUCGUGGCUGCCGCUCUGGAGCGUUUGACGCGGGAGGUGAAGACCAGCGAGCUGAGGACCAUGUGUCUGCAGGUGGCCAUCGCCGCGCUCUACUACAGCCCCCCUCUGCUCCUCAACACCCUGGAGAACCUCCGCUUCCCCAACAACACAGAGCCCAUCACCAACCACUUCAUCACCCAGUGGCUCAAAGACGUGGACUGCUUCCUCGGUCUCCAUGACCGGAAGAUGUGUGUGCUGGGGCUGUGUGCGCUGAUCGACCUGGACCAGCGACCUGUGGCGGUGAACCAGGUGGCCGGACAGCUCCUCCCUGCAGCCAUCCUGCUCUUCGUCGGCCUGAAGCGGGCCUACGCCUGCAGAGCGGAGCAUGAAAACGAGGACGAGGACGAUGAAGACGGCGAGGAUGACGAGGAGACGGGCGCUGACGGCGUGUCCCUUCUCCCCGUAGCCGAGCUGGGCAGCGACGAGGACGACAUCGACGAGGAGGGCCAGGAGUACCUGGAGAUGCUGGCCAAGCAGGCGGGCGAGGACGGCGACGACGAGGACUGGGAGGAGGACGACGCCGAGGAGACGGCGUUGGAAGGCUACACCACAGCCGUGGACGACGAGGACAACCUGGUGGACGAGUACCAGAUCUUCAAAACCAUCCUACAGAAUCUGCAGGCGAAGGACCCUGCAUGGUACCAGGCUCUCACGCAAGUCCUGGACGAGGAACAGGGCAAACACCUCCACGACAUCGGGACACUCGCCGACCAGAGACGGGCAGCACAUGGCAAGUGUCCCCCCCACCCCCACAAUGCAUGAAAUCCAAGAUGAUCGAGAAGCACGGAGGAUACAAGUUCACAGUGCCAGAGGUGCCAACUAACUUCAACUUUGGAGGCAGCGCUCCGGGAAUGAAUUGAGUCCACCCCCCGUCGUCUUUUUAUUACUCUGUGACUGAUUGUAGUGAAGUGAAAAAAAAAAAGCUUGUGUUGUUCCCUUCAAUAGCGGUCCCAGAACUGGUUCUUCUCAGUCAUUCUUCAAUCUCUGAAAUUGGAAAUAGCACCAGAAGAUGUGGGGGGGGGAAAAGGAACACAAAACGCAGCCAAUGACUGGGGUGGAAAAAAAAAACUAAAAGGAAACCAAGAACUUGAGCACUACGCGUGAGGAAGAAGCUCUCAACAGCGUGGUCUUCUGGGAGUCCAACGUGGACCGGAUACCCUGAUGGCAACUCUUUUUCUUUUCCCAACCUAACAAAAUUGGGGGCUUCUAACAAUUUGAAAAGGAUGAUGGGACGAAAUAAUGCAUUAUCACUGUUUAGGCCGUGAUAACAUUACACCUGGCAGUCUUGAUAUCAUUUUUCUGCAUAAACAAAUUGUCAUGUUUGUUAAUGUACUUGCAAGCCAAGGUUAUUGAUCUUUCUUUGAUUUUCUCUCCAAGUAGCCUCACAUAACAUCUAGGGGCAACUUUCAAAGGUGUCAACCGUAUUCAUAUGUAGCAUAUUGGAUACUCCAUAGCACUAUUUGACACCUGACCUCUGUAAAUGAAUGACUAGCACUUUCAUAAUGUUCAGGUCUCCUAGCCUUCUGUAUCAGACUGCAAUUUUUUUUAAAGCGAUGAAGACUAUUUAAAAACAACAAAUGGCUGUAACUUUGUUACUUUUCAAAGCAACUCCUCCUCUAAUGGCUGGUUGUCACAUGUAUUUGGUUAUGGUGUUGGUCAAUAGGCGAUGUAUAACUUUUACCAACAUGGAAACAUUCUAGAUUUCUGAAAAAAGAGAAUGCUCUUGGUGUUCCGUUGGGGUACAAGACGUAAUUGGAUGAGCUCUGAAAGUACGGACCGGGUGCUUUUAUGAAGCAUGUACAUUAGGACUUGGCGUCGAGGUCUCAAGCUUUUGGUUGGUGUAUGUAUGAACCAUCUCUAUAUACAACAGCAUAUUAAAAAAGAAAAGCUAAGGGAAUUGAG